AUGGAAGGAGCUGGUCAAGUGAAGUCGAACAAACUCAGACAGCAGCCAAAAACCGUUAUUGUGGGUGCAGGAAUAGCGGGGUUAGCUGCAGGAAAAUACUUGCUCUCUGAAGGAUUCCACGAUUUUAUUAUUCUUGAAGCUUCCGACCGAAUUGGUGGACGAAUUUGGAGUGUUCCUUUAGACGAUAAUGGACACAAAGUUGAAAUGGGUGCUAACUGGAUACAUGGCGUGAAACAUAAUCCAGUCUACAAACUUGCUGAUGAAAAUAAUUUGCUAACAGGGCAGGAGUAUCGCUUAGACAACAAAAAUUUGUAUGUGACAGAGCAUGGUGAAAAAAUUCAUGAGGGCACUGUUAAAAAUGUUGACUUUGCGUAUGGAACAAUGUUAUCCAACUGUGAAGAUUAUUUUUUUUCCAACACAGAUGUAGAUGUGAAUGAAAGCCUUGGAAGUGAACUGGAUCGUUUAAUAGAUAACAAGUUGGCCAAUACAGCUGGGGAAGUGCGACAUUUGCUGGAAAUGAUUUACCAUCAGCGCCGUUUAACGGAAUGUUGUAUAAGUGGAUGUGAUAGCCUGUAUGAUGUUUCUCUCUCCCAGUUUGGCUCUUACAAAGAACUCCCAGGCUCACACCUUGUGAUUCCUCGUGGCUUCAGCGCCAUAUUGGAUAUUGUAAAAGAUGGCAUUAAAGACGAGAAAAUAAAGUUGAAAACUCCAGUGUCGAAAGUUCAUUGGGGUGAUGUUGCUAGUUCAUCCGGUGGAAAACAGUGUCCUGAAGAUAUGAUUUGUGUGGAGUGUGAAAAUGGUGAUGUAUAUUAUGCAGACCAUGUAAUUAUCACUGUGUCUCUCGGAGUUCUGAAAGCAAGUUGUGAUAGACUUUUUAACCCACCCCUCCCACAGAAAAAGCUGGAGGCUAUAAAGCAUUUAGGAUUUGGUAUUGUGGAUAAAGUCAUUCUGGUUUUUGAUGGACCAGUCGUAGAGAAACCCAUUCAACGUAUUCAUUUAAUUUGGGAUCCAAGUGAACAUACGCCUGAAAAUCUCAGAGAAAGAUGGUUCAGAAAAAUCUACUGUUUAGAAGUCAUACAUGACAAUGUGCUUGUUGGAUGGCUGUCUGGCACUGAAGCACUCUUCAUGGAGUCCCUGUCAGAUGAAGAGCUCUUGCAGGACAUGGAUAAGGUGGUUAAAAUGUUUCUAAAGUCACAUACUCCAAACAUUCCAACUUUGAGAAAGGUUAUACGAACAUCUUGGGGACAAAGUAAACAUAUUAAGGGUUCAUACAGCUUCAUUGCUGUUGGUUCCACACAGGAUGAUAUUUUAAAUCUCAAGCAUCCCUUGACUAAAACCCUAAAAGACAACACAAAAAAGCCUGUAGUGUUGUUUGCUGGAGAAGCAACACACCCAUCCUUCUACUCCACAACACAUGGUGCACUGCUCACUGGGAACCGGGAAGCAGCAAGAAUAUGCAAGUUUUGGAAACCAGAGGAAGAAACCACAGGAAAAUAUGCCAACUUGGGUCUCAGCGAUGAGGAAAACACUGAAGAGGAAGAAGAGGACCGUUCUGAAGAGGAGGGUGCUCGCUAUUUUUCAAUAAAAAGUGCUGAUUGA